UUUUCCAUUCUGGAUUUGGAAGGGCUAUAGUCCACCCUUCUUCUUCUUCUUCUUCUUCUUCUUGCCUGCGUAUCCAUAUUUUGUAUUCUCCUUUCCUGCGCCCCAAGGAACCCGGAGGAGAACGCUUCCCUUUGCUAAUCAAAACGCACCCAUUUAAUCCCCUUUCAACUCCCACGAUCAGACUUUUACAAUUUCUAAACCUAAAGGUUUAUAAAGGAUAGAAGAAUGCCAUCAAUGGGUGGUGACCAAUCGAGGAGGCGCAUCUGUGAUUCAUGGAUGAUUGCUGAACAAUCUCCCGCGGCGAGAAACGACGGCAAUGCUUAUCUGAUGUCCGAUUCAUUGGUUAGGGAAGGAGCUGACACCUCCUGCGCGCGGCCUGACCAGCCAAAAACCCCGUCCCCUGAUGUUAGUUUGGGUUUUGGGGAGAGAGCCUUCUCCGCCGCUGGUGCUGCUGUCCUCUCCGCCGUCCUAGUCAACCCGCUUGAUGUUGUCAAGACAAGAUUGCAAGUACAAGCUGCCGGAGUUCCAUAUUCACAUCCUCUUAGUAAUGUUAUCAGCCGAAUGGCAUUCUUCGGUCCAAACAUGAUGUUUGCAGAUCUAAGGUGUUCUCCGUCGUGCACAAGGGCUGGCAUUCAAGGCACCGUUUCAAUUUGCCCCCCUGAUUGUUUCCAUUACAAAGGAGCUCUAGAUGUUUUCUAUAAGAUUAUACGUCAGGAAGGUGUUACAAGACUAUGGAGAGGAACCAAUGCUGGUCUGGCACUUGCUGUACCUACUGUGGGAAUCUAUCUUCCAUUUUAUGACAUUUUCCGCGACAAGUUGGAGGAAUUCACUGCACACAAUUUCCCAUUUUUGACACCAUAUGCCCCUCUAGUUGCUGGUGCUCUGUCACGCUCAUUAGCUUGCACUACUUGUUAUCCCAUUGAGCUUGCUAGAACUCGCAUGCAGGCCUUCAAGGAAAUUCACACUGGUAAGAAGCCCCCAGGAGUCUUGAAGACCUUGUUUGAAGCGGUCUCUAAUGCCAAAAACACAAGUGGUCUUCAAAACACACAUAGUUAUAGAGUACUAUGGACCGGACUUGGUGCCCAGCUUGCUCGAGAUGUUCCUUUCUCUGCAAUUUGUUGGUCAACCCUUGAGCCAGUUCGGAGAAGACUUCAAGGUAUAGUUGGAAAUGAUGCCAAUGUUGCUACAGUCCUUGGGGCAAACUUCUCUGCUGGUUUUGUUGCGGGAAGCCUCGCUGCUGCUGCUACAUGCCCGUUGGAUGUUGCUAAAACGAGACGGCAAAUAGAGAAAGAUCCUGCAAGGGCAUUAAGGAUGACUACAUGGCGAACACUAGCGGAGGUUUGGAGGGAUGGAGGGUUGAAGGGUCUGUUUACAGGGGCAGGGCCUCGUGUUGCUCGUGCAGGACCUUCUGUUGGGAUUGUGGUUUCAUUUUAUGAAGUAGUGAAAUACUGUCUACACAAUCCCUAUGCAAAUUCUUCUUCUUCAUCUUGAUGACGAAAAUAGAAGACAAUAACUGACACAAGACAACACUUCAACCUUCUUCUUCUGGAGGAAAGUUAGUAUAUAUAGCUGACUUGACAGGGGAAGUAUAUGUUAUUAUUAUUUUUAUUAUUUUAAUAUUUUAAAGAAAGGUGGUAUAGUUGAUAUAUGUAAUGCGGCAGACAAAAAGUGGAGAGCAAUUUUGCUAGCAUGUAGAUGCUCUUCGGUUUGAGAAAAACACGUCUUUAUAUGUACUGAGACAUAGAAGAUGGGAGUUGUUGCUCCUUAGGUUGUUUCUGACUAGUACAAAGAGUUUUGUUUUUUUGCUGGGUUAUUUGUUGUAUGGCCUCUCGGUAGCUAUAACUCAGUUUACAGUUUUUGUCAUGUCUGAAUAAACAGUUUUAAAUAUUCUUGGCUUUUAGCCAUUCUAUGAACAUGGAGGGCUUGUUCGGGGUUAAGGGUUUGAAUAUUCAAUUCCAACUAACCUUUCAUAUAUAUGUUUUUUCCUUGUUAUGCCAUUUGUUAUUUUGACA